AUGAAUGCUAAUUUUGGCCGUCUCCUACUGCAGGCUGUACAUCUUGGUGAGUACUUGCCAUUGAACCCCGAUGACAAGAAGAAGAAAUGCGACGAAACAAGACCUCAGUGCGCCCGCUGCGCUGAAAGAUCUCUGCCAUGCACAUACGAAGCCGUAAAACCCCGCCAACGUAGGAAACGAGACUCCGACGCUGGACUAGUGGUAGAUUUGGAAGAACGAGACGGAGCCAACAACGAUGGCGACGAGCACUGGCAUCUCGGCGGAGACAUUGUGGAGGAAAUACACAGAGAUGACUGUGGCAGUAUAACAACAGAUGCCUUGUCAACAACAGAAACAGACACACUGCUAUCACCGACCGCAACGAGUAUAUUUAGCUUCACCGACGAUGAUGUCAAGGGACACCAGCUCGGAACCUUGGUUCGGAGGAGCUCUGGCUUCAGCAUCACCUCCAACCCCUUGUGUCUGCCUCCUGAUCUGGCACUGAUCGCGCCUUGCCCCUUGGCUUCACCGACGUUGGACUUUUGUAUACCGGCUUUCAACGAAUUCUCGGAUCGACCAAGCCGCCGUGCUCUUGUUGAUCACUUUUGCAAUGUUCUCUCUCACCUUAUCGUGUUUAGGGAAGAAUCGGGCAAUCCUUUUCAGCAGCUGGUUCUACCGCUCUCAUAUAAUAGUUCCCCAGUCAUGAAUGCGAUAUACGCUCUAGCCAGUGCUCAUCUCGAAUAUCGAGGCGUCUCGUCCGGCGAAAAAUCCCUCUAUUUUCACAACGAGGCGAUCCAGGGCCUUGCCCAACUUAUCGAAGCUGGAGGCAAAGCAACCCAUAAAAAUGAGCUCCUAGCUGCAAUUAUGCUAUUGGUGUAUUACGAAGUCCUGGUUCAAAAGGGACGCUCGAAUAUUGUUGAUGGCCACCUCCGCGGCGCACUCACUAUUAUGGAAUCCUCUCCAGGAGAUGCCAGUCCUACGAGUAUCUUUCUGGAACGGGCCUUUCGCUUUUACGAUGUGAUUACGGCACUGUCUCUGGGCACUGCGCCGAUCGCAACAGCGCCGGCUGCAGGCUGCCUGAUUCCAUUACCUCCUCUAGAUGCUCCCGUAGCCUCGCCUCUGCGCAAUGUCGACACGUUGCUCGGCAUGGCAACAACACUUUGGCCCAUCAUGCAUCGACUCUCGAACCUCUUUUCUUUGAAGAAUGAACUGGACAAUGCAGUUAAAAGUCAUCAGAAUUCCAAAGCAGCAGUACUUCGAACGGAAUUCGAGACAACGUCUCAGGCUAUCCAGAUGGCGCUCGAUCGUUGGCAGCCCAGCUUGCCCCCGAAUAUCGUCCUCAAGGAUGGCCAUCUCGAAUCGAUUAAAGGCCAGGAAAUGCCAGAACGAGACCUCCUCAACUCGAUCCUACACAACGCGCUAGCGUACCGCUCCAGCGCAUUCGUCUACUUGUAUCGGUCGAUAUAUGGAUAUUCGCCCGAUCAUGCACUGGUGCAGAGGCAUGUGCAUGACUCGCUCAUCUACUGUUCACGAUGCGUUGCGUUCAAGGGGCCAAUGGGUGCUCUCUUGUGGCCGCUGUUUGUUGCCGCAUGUGAAGCCAUAACUACAGAAGACCGAGCUUCCGCCGAGAGGACAUUUGGUGAAUACGACACACAUCAGGGCAUGACGAAUAUCGACAAUGCCUGGGGUGUUGUCCGAGAAGUCUGGAAGCAACACGAUCUUCUCAGCGUGACCCCGUACGGCUCCAAGGAUGCUGACUUGUGGCGACGGGUCAGCAAGGAAAUGGGAAUUAGCGUUGUUUUGGGCUAA